AUGGAUAUGGGAUGGAUUGUGGGAGAGAAUUUUAAUGAUAUCCUCCAUUUGAAUGAGAAAAGAGGUGGGCUCCCGACUUCCCUUCAUAGAUGUACUCUUUUUCAAAAUCGUAUCAACAAUUGCAAGCUUAUUGACAUGGGUAACUUUGGAUUCUCUUUUACUUUGAGAGGUUUGUUGACUCAUGGGGGUAUGUGUAUCUAUGAAAAGUUAGAUUGUGUUCUUUGCAAUGACAUGUGGAGGAAUAUGUACCCUAAAGCUCAUGCAAAUGUUCUUCAUAGACUUGACUUUUCAGACCAUCAUCAUGUUCUCCUUACCCUCAUGGACAAGGAAUUUAGACAAGUGCCUAAAUCCUUCAAAUUCAAGUGUGCUUGGUUAGUUGAGAACUCUUUUAAAGAUAUGUUGAAAUCGGCUUGGAAUAACCAUCAUUCAAUCCUUAACAAUCUGGAUUCUUUUAAAACCAUUGCUUUUCAAUGGAAUCUUCACAACAUUUGUAGUAUCCGUAAAGAAAAACUUCAUCUCUUGUGUUGGCUUCAAGGUAUUUAA